GUUGGUGUCAACAGUCCAAGCCACGAUGGCAACAGUGUCGGGGAUCACGGUUGUCCUUAACUGCAAGGACGUGGUGUACGACAGGCACUGGCUGGCCGUAGAGUACAUCUGGGUCCUCGUUCCCUACAUGACCUACGACAUUUAUGUCAUGUACCUCUGCCACUGGCACAAGAGCCUGGAGAAGGGGGUGGCGGAGAAGAAGCACUCGCUGGUCAGCGUGCAGAGCUUCCUCCUGCAGGAACGCCUGAUGGUGACCCACCACCUCUUCAUCCUCGUGGUGCUCACCCCUGUCACCCAGCACUUCAGGGGAGAGCUGGGGGACUUCUUCGUGGGCUGCAUUUUCAUUGCAGAGCUGAGCACGCCUUUUGUAUCGCUGGGCAAAAUCCUGAUGCAGCUCAAAAUGCAGGAUACGCUCCUGCACAAGGUGAAUGGGAUCCUCAUCCUGGUGACCUUCUUCCUCUGCCGUAUCCUCCUCUUCCCCUUCAUGUACGCGGCCUACGCCAGGCAGGUGGGAAUCCCCAUUUACAUGGUGCCUUUCCGCAUCCCCCUGCACUGCAACAUCGCCAACGCCUCCCUCAUCGCCCCCCAGCUCUACUGGUUCAGGCUCAUCUGCCGCAAAGCCGCACCUCCCGCUGCUGCUGGGCCCAAACUCAAAGUUUAA